AUGUCAGCUGAGACUACUACCCCUAAAAUAAAGGCACAUAGAAGCUUUAGGAGUUUAUUUACUAUUGCGCCACCCAAAUCUUCAUCUGAACACUCUUCUGAAGGUCAUAUGAAACGAGUACUGAUUGAAAUUACUUCACCUGCUGAUAACUAUGGUAAUCCAAAAAAGAAAGCUAUUACAAAUGAGCGAUCUUCUAGCCUCGAGGCUGUCGCCGAUAAAAGUGCCGCUUCUUCAAAUUUACAAGUUGAUCUCCAUUCCAAUAGCGACAUGCAACAGGAUAGAGGAAGUUUAAUCGAGACUAGAAGACACCAUCAUCAUCAUCUUCAUCAUCAUCGUAUGCCUGGAGCUGCAAGUGCAAUUCAGCAACCAGCAAUCCUAAGUCCAAUUAACCUGACUUCAGAUCAAAAUCAAAACGAUAAGCAAGUUGGUUCAGGUGUUGAUCCCAACAUUGCUACAUUAAUUCAAGAAUCUGGAUUGUUGUUUCUUUAUUUAGAUUCCCCAAAUCAAAAAAGAAUUGUUUAUAAAUUUUUUCAAGUUGGGGAUGGUUCUCCUGUUAUUCCACAAAGCGUUGCCAAUCUUGGUACCAAUUCUGAUUUUAAUAUUGAAGCUGAUCCUAGUCCUUACACUGGAGCUCCAAAAGAUUCUGUUGUUACAUUUACUCCUAGUGCUGUUGUUACAUCUACUCCUAGUGCUGUUGUUACAUCUACUCCUAAUGCUGCUAUUUCGGGUACUUCUGGUGCUGAUGUUACAUCUACUCCUAGUGCUGUUGUUACAUCUACUCCUAGUGCUGUUGUUACAUCUACUCCUAAUGCUGCUAUUUCGGGUACUUCUGGUGCUGAUGUUACAUCUACUCCUAAUGCUGGUAGUUCGGGUACUUCUGGAGCUGUUGCAGUUAAACCAGUUGCUAAAGCUGGUUCAAAUCAGCUCAAAGAUUGGCUAAAAGGUUUGUUCGGAUAUGCUAACACUGGAGCUAACCCUAGUGCAAAUGCUGGCAGUGGUGAUAGUGGUAAUACUGGAGCUAACCCUGGUGCCAAUGCUGGUGGUAGUGGUGGUGGAGGAGGCGGUGAUAACAAUUCUAAUGCAGUCAGGGACAAAGAUCCCAAUCACAGCACGUGGAGAAACUUAACGUUUGACCACUUGCUUGUGUAUGGGUUUCUUUUUUAUCUUUUUAUUUCAACAGUAAUUGUUGCAUCUGGAAAAACUGGAGAAGGCUAUAAACGUUUCAGUAAUAGCAUUACCAGCAUGGUAUUCCUGUCUAUCAUGAUAGCGGAAUACAUUGCAAUGUAUAAAUGCUGCUAUAAUCUAUGUUGGGUCAGAUUUAUUUAUUCAAAGACAUUAGAUGAAUGUGAACAUUCAAUUCUUUUAUUUUUAUUUAGUGUCGUUAUGGUAGGACUUUCGAACUUGGAUAACUCAUUUCAAUCAAUUUUCGAAAUUUAUUCGAAAAUAUUAAAAGUUAGCUAG